CCCGGCUCCGCGAAGGGUGAGGAAACCUAACAAACCUGCAAGAGGGAGGGAAAAAAAAACAGGGAGGUAGCUAAGAGAAAAGAGAGAGAGAGAAAGAGAGAGAGAAAAAAACCCUGCGAGAGUGAGGUGGUUCACAGACGUCAGUUUCAUUUGAGCACUUUCCAAAGCAGCAGGAAACUUGGUUCCGCCGAGAAACGGACGUCGACUGAGGCGCAGACUACUUAUCCAGCGACUUUCAGCUUCUGCACGCCAACAGCAGCGGCAACCAUGUCGGACGCGGACAAGUUCCUCUACGUGGAUCGCAAUCUGGUGAACAACCCGCUGGUCCAGGCCGACUGGGCCACCAAGAAGCUGGUAUGGGUGCCGUCGGAGCGGCUGGGCUUUGAGGCCGGAUCCAUCAAGGAGGAGAGGGGCGAUGAGUGCGUGGUGGAGCUGGCCGACUCCGGCAAGAAGAUCACGGUCAACAAGGACGACAUCCAGAAGAUGAACCCGCCAAAGUUCAGCAAGGUGGAGGAUAUGGCGGAGCUGACCUGCCUGAACGAGGCGUCCGUGCUGCACAACCUGAAGGAGAGGUACUACUCCGGCCUCAUCUACACCUACUCGGGGCUCUUCUGCGUGGUGAUCAACCCCUACAGGAACCUGCCCAUCUACUCCGAGGAGAUCGUCGAGAUGUACAGGGGCAAGAAGAGGCACGAGAUGCCCCCCCACAUCUACGCCAUUACAGACACAGCCUACCGCAGCAUGAUGCAGGGUGAGGCACGAGUGUCAGCUGUGUGGCCCUUGGAAGCCCCGCCCCCUUUCCAGUGACAGGAAACGGAUAUCAGCUUCCUGCCUGUAUCAGGACGCUGUCCUGUUUAGCCAACAAAACUUGAACGU